AUGAAUCUGUUCUCAUGCAUAUUGUUGACAAUACCUUGGGUCAAGGCAUUUCUUGUUCGAAGUCCAUCUAUAACACAUAAAUCGUGGUUUGAAUUUUAUCAAAAUGAGCAGAAGACUAAAAUAAAUCAAGCAGAAUUCAAUGAUUAUUCAUACACAUCAGAUGCAUCAUAUUAUCUAAAGAAUUUAAUAGUUAAGCACCUGACAAAAAACGCAAUUAACAUUGAAGACAAAUCUAACGUUAAAAUUUUAGUAGAGACUUGUUCAUUUUCAGAUAUCGUUACUAGUAUACCUGCAAUUUUUGGUCAGGUAAACUGGAAAGAUACAAAGGCAGGUGCAAUUUGGUUUGAAUCCUCAAACAGUCAAUGUGUUAUAAACAAAUGCUCUGCUGAUACAUGCUAUAACAAACUAAAUCCUUCUUAUUACUAUCUUGAUGGCGCUAAUUUUGCAAACUUUCGUUCAACUAGCAAUAAAAUUUUAUCGACAACAAUUCAAUCAUGUGCCCCAGAUUAUUAUGGUGUCAAUGCUUUUAGAUCACGAGACUCAUCCGGAAAUUACACAGGUCUUAACAUAAGUAGCUGUAAAUCAAGUAACUUGAAAUGUAAGUCUCGGACGAAAGUAAGUCUGACUUGA